CUAAAAGUAAAUAUGGCAAAGUCUAUUCUCAUGGCAAUACUUGUAUCUAUAUUAACGUUUAGCAUGGUUUGUCUAAUUUGCUCCCAGAAAAUUCAUCAUUAUUCAAAAGAAAUAUCAGAAGAUGUAGACAUAUCUCCAACUUCAGUAGAAGGGGCUGACUCACCCACAACAGAAUAUGAGAUAAAGCUUGCUCACCGUUUACAUGAAGAUUAUAUUCUGGCUUGUCCUAAAAAGCCGAGUUCCAAAUGUGAUGAUGAGAUUUUCCAGAACAUGUUGGAUGGUACGACACCAGUAACAAACGAAUGUUGUCUUGAUAUACUGAAGACUGGCAAAGACUGUCAUCUUGCAUUGGUUAAAAUUAUAUUCUCCACGGAUGAUUAUAAAAAUAUUGCAUCUAGAGCUAUUCCAAAAAGUAAACAAACAUGGAAUGAUUGUGCUCGUAGAGUGAGCAAAGAGAUUGGUGCUCCGAUCUCUUUCGAACAGUAAACCAAUAAUGUUCUCUCAUGCUGAUGUGUCUAUGCCUUUUUCUAAUUUGAUUGUAACCAUUAUAAAACGUCUACCAUUUUAUUUUUGAUAAUCAAGAAAAUAG